UCCACAUCCAUACACUUCUUCUCUUCUAUAGGUCUCGCGAUCUUUGUUUCACCUGUACAAUUAUUAAUCAGACUGUCCCCAUUAUUACGAAUAUAUCCGCGUCACUAGUCGAUCCGAAUAUUUUUACGAGAACCCACCCCUUGCUUCUUUCACUGUCAUAGGCCGGAGUCAUCCACGUCGUCAACCACGGACGAGAAAGAAAGGCACCGCCUCUCAAGGCGAAAAGAUAGCAUCUGAAGAGAACAUGGCCGAGGUACAAAGGAAUCAGACACCAACCUCUCCCAGGAACUACAAUGGUGCACAGGAUCAGCGCCGAGCCUCGUUCUCGCCUAGAAAGAGUAGCCUGGCCCAGCCAACCAUUAGGAUGGAAGAGGCUCCCACAAGCCCAGAUAGCUCAGAAUCCCCACGACCAGCAAUUUCCAGGCCUUCUUCUGGUCAGGCGUAUAAUCAGUCGAACGCCCACACUAGAUCCGCCUCUCAGCAAUCAUCCAUCAGACAUCUCAAGUCCAUCAGACACAUCGGUUCCAUAGGAGAGCUUUCUCUGUCAGAUCUGCCGACCACUGGCGCUGAGGAAGCAGACGUAGAAUCGACACCCGGGCUGCAGUACCAUCACCAAGGUCCUGAUGAGUCUCCUGUCAAACGAAACAAUCCGAACCGCGUCUCGCAGGCGACCGUGAACAGCAUUGGCUCCUCUUCUAGUGGUGGUGGUCUGAGGCCGCCGAGGACAUCGGGACCUCGUGUUGUUUCGCAAUAUUCAUUGGGGGCCGACCUUCGCGCAAGCACAUAUUCGCCCAUGUCUGCAGACGACAAUCUAUCAGUUACUGGCUCUCCCAGGACAUACGCGCGCAAUCAAGCUGGUAAUCGGCGUUCGCCAGACACCAGACCAAUGUCCUACAUUGACCUGCUAAAUGACUUGCCCUACUCGCAACAGGUAGCUCCAGCUCCGACGAUGAACAACACAAGUCUUCAGUCUGCCAUCGGAAACAAUGCUUCUUUGCUGGACAACAAGAAGACACUUGAAAUGUACCGUGCGAAUGUCAAGAAGACCAACGAUCCCAGUAUUCAAUACGAAUUUGCUAUCUUCAUGAUCAAUGCUGCUAGAGAUAGCAGAGACAUUGAAGCUGCAGAGUUGAUCAAGGAAGCCCGCGGAAUUCUGCAACGUCUCGCGGACCGUGCAUAUCCUUUUGCGCAAUACUACCUUGCGGAUGGCUAUUUCUCAGGACUUUUCAAUAGAGACAAGCCGGAUUACGACAAGGCUUUACCACUGUUCGUCGCGGCUAGUAAGCACGGGCAUGCAGAAUCAGGUUACCGAGCCGCAUUGUGCUAUGAGUUCGGAUGGGGUUGCGCGAAGAACUACCCGAAAGCUGUACAAUUUUUCCGUGCUGCCGCGUCCAAGGGCCAUCCUGGAGCCGCAAUUCGACUCGGCAAAGCUUGUCUCACUGGGGACAUGGGUCUGGUGAAUCGAUACCGAGAGGGCGUGAAAUGGCUGAAGCGUGCCACAGACUCUGCGGAUCAACAGUACAAUAGCGGACCUUACGAGCUUGGUCUUCUACACAUCGCUGGAUUUGGUGAGGACAUCUUCAAGGAUGAAAUAUAUGCCGCUCAGCUCAUGACCAAAUCGGCUGAGUUGGGCCAUCCCGAGGCGAACUACCGCAUGGGUCAAGCGUACGAGAAUGGGACAUUUGGAUGUCCUAAAGAUGCGGCUUUGAGUGUUCACUUCUACAAUGGCGCAGCGUCCAAGGGCCUUCCCGAGGCUAUGAUGGCGUUGUGUGCUUGGUACAUGGUUGGAGCAGAGCCGGUGCUGGAAAAGGACGAAGUCGAGGCCUACGAGUGGUCGAAGAGGGCCGCGGAACUAGGAUUCGCAAAAGCCGAGUACGCAGUUGGCUACUUUACGGAGAUGGGUAUUGGUUGUCGACGCGAUCCUCUGGAGGCCAAUGUGUGGUAUGUCAGAGCAGCCGACAAGGGGAAUGAGACCGCCAAACAGCGGCUCGAUAUUAUUAGAGCAGCAGCUUCUGGUGAUUCUGGCAUCCCUAUGGCCAAGGGCAAGGCCAAGACAAAAGAACUCAGUGGUGGUAAGGAAAAGGAAAAGGAGAAAGAGUGUCUUGUCAUGUAAAUAUAAUGAGGACGAGCAUUGUUAUGAGGAGGUUUGGGAGUCUGUCAUUUCAUGGAACAAAAGCAUUCAGAAGCGUAUAGCACGGCGGCGGCAUUUGGGAGAGACAAUCACGAUAUUCUCACGAAGUGGAGAGCUUGCAUUAAGGC